CCCGGCCCGCGCGGCCGCCCUCGGAUCCGGCCGGCCGGGGCAGCGGCCUGCCGCCGAAGCUCCCCGCGCCCGCCCGGCCCCGCCAUGGCGCUGCGGUGCCUCCUCCUGCUGCUCAUACUCUCGCUGGAGUCCCUGGACCUGCCGCCCGGCGCCCAGGGCGCCCGCGGCCGCGCCGCCAAUCGGACCCUGAGCGCCGGCGCCGCUGCCGUCGGGGGCCGGCGGCCCGGGGGCGCCCUGACCCGGGGCGGCCGCGAGCUGAACGGCACCGCCCGGGCGCCCGGCGUCCCGGAGGCGGGGAGCCGGCGGGGGCAGCCCGCGGCGGCGGUGGCGGCGGCCAGCGCGGCCGUCACCUACGAGACGUGCUGGGGCUACUACGACGUGAGCGGCCAGUACGACAAGGAGUUCGAGUGCAACAACAGCGAGAGCGGCUACCUGUACUGCUGCGGCACCUGCUACUACCGCUUCUGCUGCAAGAAGCGCCACGAGAAGCUGGACCAGCGCCAGUGCACCAACUACCAGAGCCCGGUGUGGGUGCAGACGCCUAGCACCAAGGUGGUGUCGCCGGGGCCCGAGAACAAGUACGACCCGGAGAAGGACAAGACCAACUUCACCGUCUACAUCACCUGCGGGGUGAUCGCCUUCGUCAUCGUGGCCGGCGUCUUCGCCAAGGUCUCCUACGACAAGGCCCACCGCCCUCCGCGGGAGAUGAACAUCCACAGGGCUCUGGCUGACAUCUUAAGACAACAGGGACCAAUCCCCAUAGCACACUGUGAAAGAGAAACUAUCUCGGCUAUCGAUACCUCUCCCAAAGAGAACACACCGGUCAGAUCGUCCUCCACAAACCACUACACCCCCAUGCGCACAGCCAAGCAGACUCCAGGACAUUAUGGGAAGGAUGCUUACCGAAGUGGAGGACCUGAUCUCCACAACUUCAUCUCAUCUGGAUUUGUCACAUUAGGAAGAGGACAUACGAAGGGUGAUCAUCUGUAUAACCAUCCGAUUUUAAGCAGUGCUACCCAGACCCCUACACAUGAGAAGCCACGGAUGAACAACAUCCUGACAUCGGCCACCGAGCCCUAUGACCUAUCCUUCUCCCGCUCUUUCCAGAACUUGGCCCACCUGCCCCCGUCCUAUGAGUCUGCAGUGAAGAGCCACCCCAGCAAGUACUCCUCCCUAAAAAGGCUAACUGACAAGGAGGCUGAUGAGUAUUACAUGAGGAGGCGGCACCUGCCCGACCUGGCUGCCCGUGGUACCCUCCCUCUCAACGUCAUCCAGAUGUCCCAACAGAAGCCGCUGCCACGCGAGCGGCCCCGCCGGCCCAUCCGGGCCAUGUCGCAGGACAGGGUCCUGUCCCCCCAGCGGGGCCUGCCGGAGGAGUUCGGCAUGCCCUAUGACCGCAUCCUGUCUGACGAGCAGCUGCUCUCCACGGAGCGCCUGCAUUCCCAGGACCCACUGCUGUCCCCGGAGCGGACGGCCUUCCCAGAGCAGUCCCUGUCACGGGCCAUCUCGCACACAGACGUCUUUGUGUCCACGCCUGUGCUGGACCGCUACCGCAUGACCAAGAUGCACUCCCAUCCCAGUGCCUCCAAUAACUCCUAUGCCACCCUGGGCCAGAGCCAGACAGCAGCCAAGCGCCAGGCCUUUGCCUCGCGCAGACACAACACGGUGGAGCAGCUGCACUACAUCCCGGGCCACCACACCUGCUACACAGCCAGCAAGACCGAAGUGACUGUGUGACUGGAGGGGUGGGGCCAGGCUGCAGGCAGGACAGGGCAGGGGUCAGGAGAGGCCUGGAGCAGAGCUGCUCACCCUGCACGGCUCCCUGCCCUUGACCCCUCUGUAGGCCUUGGUGAUGGCAGCCUUUGCCCAGAAAGCCAUAUCCCCCAGGCACACGGCCUGUGGCCUGGCACUGCACGCUCAGACUUGGGAUCUACAGCAAACACUCCCACUCUUCCAGAAGAGUUGAAGGGGAGUGAGGAGAGGGUGAGGCCCCAGUCUCACCACCCCGACCAUCACCAACCUUCUUCAGUCCCAAGCCCCCUCUCCCCCUCCUGCAGGCUCAGCUGCAGUUUCCUCAGCCAAGAGCCACUGGCCAGGCCCUGGUCGGGAGCUGCCUGGGUUUGAACUGGCCAGCAGGUGCAGUCAAUGGGCUGACCCACUAGGCUACUUGGUCCAUUCAUUGACUGAAAUCCGCAUCACAGAAAUCUUCUAGUGCCUAAAAACUGCCUGCUUGCUCUCAGAGCCAGGGAGCUGCCGUGUCCAUAAGCACAAUAAUGAUUCUCUUCUGCCUGCUGGAACUCUCUGGUCCCCACCGAGUGGCCCUUCCUUCAGUGACCCCCUUGGGCCCCGUCUGGCCCUGUGCCCCUCUCCCCAGCCCCAGGAAAGGGGGGUGUCCCUUCCUUCAGCUGCCUCCCUGUUGUUGGGAAGCCUGCCCAGCUCUAGUUGGCUGCCCCACUCUCAAGGGCCCCCCACCCCUGCCCCUCCUCUGGAUGACUUUGCCCGACCCCUAGCCCUAGAUGUUCGACUCCUGAGUUCUCUAGGGCUUUGCUGUAGCCCUCCCAGAGGAGAGGAGCAAUAGGGAACCAGGACCUUCGGGGUGCCUCUGCAACCUUAUUAUCUCUACACUUCCUCCAGGCCUCUAGGUCUGAACUAUGACCUGCCACUCAGGCCUGCCUUUCCCUUCCCUGCUCUGCAUCCUGGAGGCAUCUGCCCAUGGCCAGAGUGGCAGGUGGGGAGGGCCACUGUGAUGCCCUGGGUAUCAGGGGCUCGCCAUUCCCAUUGUCCAGGGCUCUGCCUGUCUCCCACCAUGCCCGUCAGGCAGGACUGAUGCAGAUGCUCCCAGAAAAGUGGCUCAGCCCUCAACCAAGGGGGACCGCAAGUGGCUGUCCUGCACCUUGCCUACUACUCUCUCCCUAUCACUGCCCACCUGCUUGGCCCCUUCUCUGUUUAGAACCCACUCCCUCUGCCUAUUUUCCCUUUCCCCACCUCCAGCUCUCCGGUGGCUCCAUUACUCUCUCCUGGCUACUACUGCUUCAGGAUCAAUGCCUCCUGGGGAUCAGAGCAACAGAGACCCAUUAGCAAAUGCAAACAAUGAUACUUCAGGUUACUGGUCUGGCGCUUAACCUGGCAGCUCCCCAGUUGCUCCCCUGCAGGGGCACUGGGGCAGCAGGCAGAUCCAUUUCCUGUUGGGGGAAUGGCCCUGCCAGCCCAUCUCAGCUCCGGAUCUGCCUGGGGCAUGGGCAAGGUGUGACAGCCUCCUGGAGAGUGGACAGUGAAGUAAACAGCAUCCACUGCCCGAAGACCAGAGCCUGGUGGGAGAGAAGGGGCUCCCCAUUCUAAAGGCCAGGGCACCUCCCUGGGCUGGAGCCAGGGGAAUCAGCUCCAGACUAUUGGGUGAAGGGAUAAUACUAAAAAUGUGACUGUUGGUGCAGUCAGACUGGAAAAGCAGUGACCUUGAACUGGGAUCUUUAGAUUCCCCCAGUUCUGUAUAUAUGUAUGGCCCUUUAAAGGGGGUGGGGCAAGGAGAACUCCGCAGGGUCAGCCCUGGGAAUUUUUAAUCUAACCAAAUCCACGGUUCACAGAUAUAUCCAUUGACUGAGUCCUCUUACUUAUUUCAAGAAUUCCAAAGCUCUUUUCUCCCCUGGAGGCUCAGCAUCUCAUGAAACAUUUGGAAUUCAGGCUUGGGGUGAUGAACAGAGCCCCCAGCAACCCCACUGAAUGGUGGUCUUGGGACUUUGAGGCUGUGAGGACAGAGAUAACUCUCUACUGCCCUCCCCUACAAAAUACAUAAACCUCCUCAAGGGCUGGUCCCCAAGGGUUUAUGGGAGUGCUCCAGAAGGCAAGGCUAAGAGGUGUGGGCUGGAGAAAAUCACCGUAAAUAGAGUAGUUAGCCAUUCCCAGAAACAAAGGUAUUGUAUACCUGGCCCCCUGAGCCCACCAUCCUCUA